AACAAAGAAAAGAAUACCUAUCUUUCUCCAAAAGGCACUUGAGUUCCAAACCAGUUACCAUAUGCAAAGUAUAUUUAACCUUGCUUGUUCUCCUCCAAAUGAUGGCCCCAUAAAUAUUCAACCCAGAGAAAGUUUCCUUUCCAAGGUUUCUUCUAUUUCAAAUAAGCACAUGAAAGAAGAAUAUUGAUGAUGAUAAAACAUAAUAGUGAUAGAAGGGAAACCCGAGGAUAAAUUCGUGCAGAAGAAUGGAGAAUUUAUGGAAUCAAAUGAGGGGGCAAUCUACUGGUACGGAUGAGAAGAAAGGUGAUCUUGGUGCCCCAAGGGAUCAGAAAAUACCUAUACAGAAAACACAAUCUUUCAAAGCAGAGAAGAAAAGGGGUCAGAAUUGGUUUCAAAAACAGCUUCCAAUGAAAAGAAGUCAUGAUUUUGACUCUUUUGAAAUAGAGCAUGCUGCAGCAGUAGCUGCUGCUGCAUUCUCGAUUAAUUUGCAAGAGGCCUCUGAGCAGAAGAGUGAGACGCCCGAGACCUCGUUGGCCAAGACAAAAAGUAAGCUCGGCAGCUCAAAAUCUUCUAAGUCCCUACUUGCUAGUGCUUCCAAGAGAUUAUCAGGUUCAUUUAGAUAUAAAGAUGAUCAGGGUGACAAGGUGUCGACAUCCUCGGUUUCAGAAGAAAAGAAGCCAGAAAAGGCCAAUGCGCCUGCACCAUCAAUGAAAAAGGCUUCAACUUUAACUGAUAAAAAACCUGAUAUCCCAAUACCAAAAGCUCCUCCUCCUCCUCCACCUCCACCUCCACCUCCACCACCACCACCACCUCCACCACCACCACCACCACCACCAAUUCAGAAAACUUCAAGGGAACCUAGCCCUCUAAGGCAGACUACAACAGGCGCAAACUUUCAGGAGACAAAUGCAGAUAAAUGGGAGAGAACCGAGCUGAACAAGAUCAGACAAAGGUACCAGAAGCAGAAAGAGAUGAUAGAUUCAUGGCAAGACAGGAAGAGGAUGAAAGCCAAACGAAAGCUAAUUAAACAUGAGAGUGAACUUGAGCGGAGAAGGUUUAAAGUUUUGGAGAAAUUUCAUAAUAAGAUGAAGUACGUAAAUCUAGUUGCAAACGGAGCGAGAGCCAUGGCUGAUGAAAACCGAAAGAAUGAAGAGCAACAGGCAAAAGGGAAGGCAGGUGCUAUUCGAACAACAGGCAAACUGCCAAGGAGUUAUUUCUGCUUUUGAAAUUGUCAAUAACAUCAAAGUGAUCCAUAUCUUUUAGUCAUCAUCAUUUAGAGUAAAACUAUACAUGAUGUUAUAAAAUUUGAAAAACAAAACUGUAAGCUUCAACAAAUGCAUGAGCUGCUACUUGUGUAAAUCAGUUACAGUUUUCAUUCAACAAAUGCAUGAGCUGCUACUUGUGUAAAUCA